UCGGUCUAUUUAGAAUCGGUGAUCGCUUCCAAGUGUUGCAAGUGCAUUUGUUAUUAGUAUCAUGAUCUCAUGGUGCACGCAUGCGGUGCAGAAACACAGUGCGUGUGUGACUAGCGGUGGCCAUUGCAAAUGUCAACGACCCCUGUCAGCCGGUGGCCAGCUGUGGCCCAAAGAAUGUGGCCAACUAAUAAUACACCUCAUUAUAUUUUUAAAGCGUGUAGUACGCGACUGUACUAGCCGGGAGCACGUGGCUGUACUCCCGCAGCGCAUUAUGACCCGUAAUCCUUAGUGUCAAGAGGCAAAUUGCCAUUUAUCAAUAAUCGGUUCAACUAUCGAGUAAGCGGUUGCCUAUCUCCUUUCAUAUAGUCGUGGUGCGCGGCUGUUGCGGUUGUCCAUUCCCGCUCGGACAUCCACGCCGGCGGGACGUUCGCGAACCAUAAACAACUUUUCAAAACACGUAACUUAUAUGAACCAUAGCCAAGUUACUUGGAGUCAGCUUAUUGAGGGGUAGUCUGUGUUGUUGUCGGUGUUGUCAGUGCUAUGGAGGGCGAGUGCGUGGGUGGGUUUGGUCGCUGGCAGGUGAGGCUGGCGACCCUGCUGGCUCUACCGGUGCUGCUCACAGGACUCUACGGGACUAACUACGUCUUCUUAGCCGCCAGCACACCCUAUAGAUGUCAUAUAUCAGAAUGCGAAGACAACGGCACGCUGGAGGCAGUUUCUCCCAGCAGCUGGUCUCCAGAUUGGGCGAGCUUCGUGCUGCCGGGAGACGACGCCUGCUCUCGUCACCCUGCGGUCUCUGACACCUGCGACCAUGAUUCUUUUGACAACACCUCCCGUGUAGUGUGCGACAGUUUCGUCUAUUUGGAACACAGAAGUAUAUUUGCUGAGUUCAACUUGGCGUGCCAGGAGGGUAAGCGCGCUCUAGUGGGCACGGUGCACAAUGUGGGCAUGCUGGUCUCACUGCCGAUCAUGGGAUACAUCUCCGAUAAGUGGGGGCGUCGGGCAGCGCUAGUAGUGAGCGGCACGGGCGCUGGUCUACUCGGUCUGUGUAAAUCUUUCGCAGGCUCGUACACUGCAUACGUCUUGGCCGAGUUCCUGGAGACGGUACUAGGUGCCAGCGUCUAUCCAGCAGCCUUCGUACUUAUGAUCGAGUGGCUGGGUGUAGAACAGCGUAUUUUAGCGAGUCUUCUCCUUGGUAUACCGUUAUCGGCCGGUGCUGCUACAUUGGCUCUGCUGGACUACUUGACCGGCUACUGGAGGCUGUGGGCGCGAGUUGCGUAUCCUCCGUCUUUCCUUCUUCUUCUGUAUCCUUGGCUACUGCCGGAGAGCGUUCGGUGGCUGGUCGCUAACAGCAAGUUGCCUCAAGCGGCCAGGGUCAUCAAGCAGGCCGCCAGGUGGAACAGGGUGGCCUUGCCCGAGGACGCCAUCGACAAGAUGCUCGCCGCACAAACCGAGCCGGUGGUGGACAAGAGUGAGGUCGAAGAUGACGAAGAAGAAAGCUUAUUUAGAGCUUUUAUUAAAUACGGCGAGUUGCGUCGUCGUCUGCUGACGUGCUUCGUGUGGUGGUCGUCUGCGGUGUUCGUGUUCUACGGGCUGGCUGUGCGCGCGCACGCGCUGGCGGGCAGUCCGCACGGCAACUACGCGCUGCUGGCGGCGGCCGAGCUGCCCGCGCUGCUGCUCAACACGCUGCUGCUGGACCGCGCCGGCCGCCGCCCGCUGCUCACCGCCGCCCUCCUCCUCACCGCACUCGCGCUCAUCGCCAUACCGCUGCUGCCUGACUCGGAGGGCGUGUACGGCACGGCGCUGUUCCUUGCGGGCAAGGUGGGUGCGACGAUGGCGCUGAACGCGCUGUACGUGUACACGGCGGAGCUGUUCCCGACGCGCGCCCGCCAGCGCCUGCUGGCCGCCUGCUCCACCUGCGGCCGCCUCGGCGCCAUCCUCGCGCCCCUCACGCCGCUGCUGGCUGCAUACGGCACAUGGGUCCCCCCGACGCUGCUGGGCGCGCUGCCGCUGGCGAGCGCGGCACUGACGCGGCUGGUGCCGGAGACUCUGGGCCGCCGGCUGCCGGACCGCUUCCGAGACCUGCAGCUGCCGCACGACUCCAUCGCGUGACUCUCCCCCCCCCCCCUCUGAUCUCACCACACACAUAGUAUAGUCUUACCAUUAGCCUUAAAUUAUACUAUAUUGAAAUUUAUGGUCAUAAUGUAGGUAACUGAUACACACAUAUUUCUCUUACCAAAUCGACACUAAGUGGAUUACUUAGUGGUCACUGUGAAGUAGUAACAGAUUUUUACCUACAUCAUGACUGUGAAGGAAAUAAUUGUAAUUCCUAAUAACUUAGUUUACUCAAUUACCCUAAUUUUGCUAAGUACAAACAUAAGUUAAGUUGUCGAAGUCUUCUUAAAUCGUGUGUUGUUUUUAAUAUUUUUAAAUACUUACGUUCUAAGAUUUUUCAUGUAUUUGUCAAUAAUUUAA